AUGCCGCCUCGUAGGGAGCGUAGGGAGUCCCGCCGUACUUCUGAACCUAAUUUCCCGGAUAUUACUCAGUUAGGGGAAGCGAUGGCUCAGGCUUUGCAGAAUGUGAUUCGUCCUCCCCCUCCUCCGAGGGCACCUCUGGAGACCAUGUAUAACUUGAAGUUAGAUCGGUUUAUGGGUAAUGAAAGUCAUGAGGGGGCAGAGAAAUGGCUAGAUCAUAUUGAGAAGACUUUCCAGGUGAUGCAGAGUCAGGGGAAUCUCCCUGCUAAUAGAUGGGUGGAGACCACCACUUGGUUUUUGGGUCGUGAACCAGCAGCAUGGUGGAUGAAUCAGGCUAGGUACAUGUCACCCGAAACGGCAGCCGACUGGAAAGUGUUCAAAGAGAAUUUUAUGAAGAGAUUCGUUCCUCCUGAGUAUAUUGAUCCUGGUAAUCAGGGAGAGAUGCUUCGACGUUUCAAGUUGGGAUCUAAGAAGAAGUGGCGUACCUUUGCCAAUGUACUCCCCUGCGCUGAUUAUCAUGAGUAUUUCGAGAUUUUGGUUAGGAUGGAGGACUCUGAUAAUCUUCCUGACAGUGAGGAUGAUGAGGACAAGAAUGAGGGUCAGAAGAAGAAUGACAAAGGUAAGGGUAUUUCUAUUCCGGGACCUCGACAGACACAGAAUUUUAAGAAAAGUGGAGCGAGUUCGAGUUCUUCUAGUGGGGGAUAUAGUUUUACUGGCCCGAGGAGAGGUGGUGGAAGAUUUUCUAGUGGGCCCAGAUUUCAGGGUAAGAGGGAUGCUGGUGGAUCUGGCGCUCCAUGGUGCUGCCGUUGUAACUUCCGUCACCAUGGUGAGUGUAGGAGAGGUACUGGUGCCUGCUUUACGUGUGGGCAGAUGGGACAUCGGGCUUCUCAAUGCCCCCAGGGUCAGUAG